AUGGCGUGCGUUUUCAUCUAUGAUAAGGGUGAACUGACCUCGGACACAUUAAGUCGAUUAGUCAAGUCCGGCUCAGUAAUCAAUGUGAUCUCAAACAAUGAUCUGAAUUCGUUCAAACCCAUCCCGAGGCGUGUGGUGCGCAUAAUUGGUCUGUUUGGAGCAGUCUCACUACUGGCAGGAGCCUAUGGAGCGCAUGGUAAUGCAUUGUUUAUUCGAGUCUAUGUGAAACCCUGUUUUCGUCUAUCCUCUGCACUCACAGGGCUUGCACGUGCCGAGAGUAAAUACCGACGCAUGUUUCAAAUGGGUGCCCAUUACCAAUUGUUGCAUUCACUUGUACUGCUGGGAAUCCCGUUUGUCACAUAUCCAAGCUUGACUGCUGUACUGUUCAUUUCAGGGAAUCUGCUGUUUUCCGGAUCUUGUUACUACAUGGCUUGGUGUGGACAGGAGAACGCACUCCGCAUGUCCAUUUUGGGUAGUGUGGCUUUGACGCUGGCGUGGCUAAGUAUGGCCUUAUGA